GCUCAGUCACUUCCGGAGCAGGAUCCGCGGCUGAGCGAGCGACCCAGCGAGCCUGACUGCCUGGCCGGGGAGGCGCGAGCAGGAUGGCGGCGGCGGCGGCGGCGGCGGGAGCGGGAGGCGCCGCCUCGGCUGCAGGCGCUGCCGAGAAAGAGGCGAGCCAGCAGAGCAGCCUGGGCGCUUACUCGCCCGUGGACUACAUGAGCAUCACCAGCUUCCCCCGCUUGCCCGAGGAGGAGGCGGGCAGCGCCGCCGCCGCCGCCGCCGAGAGCUGCUUGCGCUCCAGGAAGGAGGAAGAUGCGUUCCUGGCAGAGCAGGACACCGAUCCAGAUUCCUUCUUAAAAUCAGCUCGCCUUCAGCGCCUGCCUUCCUCUUCAUCAGAAAUGGGCAGUCAGGAUGUCUCGCCCCUUCGGGAGACCAGCAAGGACCCCUUCUCAGGGGACUGCAGCUGUCGCCAGGACGGUCUGACUGUGAUCAUCACCGCCUGCCUAACAUUUGCUACAGGAGUCACGGUGGCCUUAAUAAUGCAGAUCUACUUUGGAGAUCCCCAGAUAUUCCAUCAGGGGGCUGUAGUCACCGAUGCUGCACGCUGCACUGCUCUGGGAAUCGAGGUAUUGAACAAGCAAGGCUCCUCAGUGGAUGCAGCUAUCACCUCAGCCUUAUGCUCAGGAAUUAUUAACCCCCACACAGCCGGCAUUGGCGGAGGAGGAGUAAUGCUGGUUCAUGACAUCAGGAAGAAUGAGAGCCGGGUGAUUGAUUUCCGAGAGACAGCCCCCUUCAGCAUCCACGAAGAGGGCCUUAGGAAGGCAUGGGAAACAAAGCCGGGUCUUCUCGUUGGGGUUCCAGGCAUGAUCAAAGGACUCCAUGAAGCCCAUCAGUCUUAUGGGAGAUUGCCGUGGAGACAGUUGCUGGGCUUUGCAGCAGACGUAGCCCAGGAUGGAUUCAAUGUCACACAUGAUUUAGCAAUGGCUAUCAAAGAAGUGAAGGAACAACAUAACCACUCAGAUAAGUUCAGAGAGACCUUCUUUCCAGAUGGCCAGCCCUUGCUGCCUGGCAUGUUUAUGAGAAGACCAGACCUGGCUGCUCUUUUAGACUUGCUGGGGUCUGGAGGAGUCUCAGCUUUUUAUAGUGGAAAUGUGACACAAGAAAUCAUUUCAGAGGUCCUUAAAUUUGGAGGUACUUUGUCAGAAGAGGACUUUAGUAACUACACUGUCUUGGUGGAAAAUCCAGUCCAUACAGUAUAUCAAGGUCAUCUUGUUCUCAGUCCAUCACCUCCACAUGUGGGUCCUGCUCUGAUCACAGCUCUGAACAUCCUAGAAGGCUUUAAUAUCACCAGCCAGGUAGCUAAGGAAAAUAUUCUUCACUGGAUAACAGAGACAUUAAAAGUAGUGCUGGAACUAGCUAGCAGACUGGGAGACCCUUUGUAUGAUGCAUCCAUUUCUCAUAGUGUGGAAGACAUGAUGAGUAAGUCGAAGGCAAACUUCCUGCGUCAACAGAUCGACUCUCAGCCCUUCCCUGCUGACCUUCACAUCCCACAUUUCUCCAUGGAAACUGGACCCUCUGCUAGCCAAGUGCUGGUCAUGGGACCUGAUGACUACAUAGUUGCAGUUGUAAGUUCUUUGAACCGGCCAUUUGGAAGUGGAAUAAUGACUUCUUCUGGAAUCCUUCUAAACAGUCAGAUGCUGGAUUUCUCUUGGUUGAAUGAAACAGAGGACCAUUCCUCUCCCAGCUUGCGAAAUUUUAUUCAGCCUGGGAAAAGACCUUUGUCUUUUUUACUGCCCACUGUUGUCCGACCAUCAGAAGGGAUGUGCGGGACUUACCUUUGCCUGGGAGCCAACGGUGGGGACAAAGCUUUGAGCAGCAUUACACAGGUUUUAGUAAAUGUUUUAACAUACAACAAAAACCUGAGUGAGAGUCUGUCACUAGGCCGACUUCACCCUCAGUUUCAGUCUAAUAUCCUGGAAGUUGACAGUGAGUUUCCUGAAGAAGAUAUCAGCUACUUUACAACCAGGGGUGAACAUGUCAACAAAGUUGAGGUCCUCUCUGUAGUUCAUGGAGCCAGAAGAACUAACAACUUCAUAAUUGGUGUGAAGGACCCAAGAAGUAUGGAUGCAGCAGGAGCUACAAUAUUAUAGCAAUUCCCACAA